UAUAUAUCCAUGAAAACUGUCGGGGUCUCUGGUGAGAAAUAGAUCCGACUUUGAAUAAGAACAUGCCGUAGGAGUUGUGGACGGAGGCGUGAACUUCACUGUGUACUCUGUCACACUCAGAUUGUGACGCGCGCUCUUCUUGUUUCUUUUGUCGUCGUAACUUGCACUAACAAACUUUAAAAUAAAUUUCUGUUGCACAUCUUCACCUUCUUACGCUCUCCUUCGUCUGUUGGGUAACCCUUCUCUCUCUGUUUCCCUCCAUCUCUCUAUAUGUAUAUAUUUGACUUCUCUUCUCUUCCGUGGUAGCGCGGCUCCACGGGAUGUGUUUCAGAUCUACUUAUCGAUAUUGGAGUUUGCUCUCUUUAUUGAUAUUUUAAUAUUGCUCUGAUUUAUGUUUGAUGCUUUGGAUUAUAUUAUGUUAUUCAAUUGUGUUUCUGUUGAAUUGUGAAUCUCCGUCUUAUUUGUCGAAAGCGAUCUAUCUAUGUUUUGAGAUUGAAGCUGUUCAAUCUAUGCUUAUGUGAAUUCUGAGUUGGAGCAGCGAUCUGAUUCAAUCGAUUGCGUGGUUUAGUUUAGGUGUUUGAUGUUGUUCUGUGUUCGGGUAGCUUGAAGUUCUAUUUCAACCAGGGCACUACUAUUGUUUGAGUUAGAGAGUUGGUUGAAGUGAAUUUUGCAGUGAUUUGAAGACUGUGGAGUAGAAGCUUCAUUUGAAAAUGCCAGGUUUUAGAGCGAAAAUUAGGAUUGGAAUUUUGAUUAUUGUGGUAGUAGGGAUUUGUCUCGCAGCUUUAUAUGGUUUGCUGAAGCCUAUUUCGAAUGGAUGUAUAAUGACCUACAUGUAUCCGACUUAUAUUCCUAUUUCAUCUUCGGAAAGCGUUUCUCCUGCCAAGUAUGGCUUGUACUUGUACCACGAGGGAUGGAAAAAGAUAGAUUUUAAGGAGCAUCUUAAGAAGCUUAGUGGUGUGCCCGUGCUUUUCAUCCCAGGCAAUGGUGGCAGCUUCAAACAGGUGCGGUCAUUGGCAGCUGAAUCUGAUAGGGCAUAUCAGAAUGGUCCCCUAGAGCGUACAUUCUACCGCGAGGCAACCCUAAGAGCUGAAGAAGGAGGUGUAGAUAUAAAUUUAUCUGGUUUUCAAUUACCCAGCCAGUAUACCAGCAGGCUGGACUGGUUUGCUGUUGAUCUUGAAGGUGAACAUUCUGCCAUGGAUGGUGCCAUUCUUGAAGAGCACACUGAAUAUGUUGUACGUGCUAUACAUAAGAUUUUGGACCAAUAUAAAGUAUCUUAUGAUACUCGAACAAGAGAAGGUGCUGUGGUUUCGGGGAGUUUGCCAAAAAGUGUGAUAUUGGUUGGUCAUUCAAUGGGAGGUUUUGUUGCUAGGGCGGCUGUUAUCCACCCUCAUCUCAGGAAAUCAGCAGUUGAAACUGUUCUUACACUUUCAACCCCACAUCAAUCACCUCCUGUGGCAUUGCAGCCAUCGUUGGGUUAUUACUUUGCACGUGUAAAUUCCAAAUGGAGAGAAGGAUACAAGGUUCAAACCACUAACACGGGGCGUUAUGUGUCUGAUCCAGUACUCUCUAAUGUUGUAGUUGUAUCUAUUUCUGGUGCCUACAACGAUUACCAGGUACGGUCAAAAUUAACAUCACUUGACAAUAUUGUGCCCCCAACCCAUGGCUUCAUGAUCAGUAGUACAGCCAUGAAAAAUGUGUGGUUGUCUAUGGAACAUCAAGCUAUUUUAUGGUGUAAUCAAUUGGUUGUCCAAGUAUCGCAUACGCUACUUAGUUUGAUAGAUUCUCGAACAGGCCAACCAUUUGCAGAUACUGAAAAGAGACUUGCAGUUUUUGCAAGAAUGCUGCGUAGUGGAAUAUCACAUUAUUUUGACUGGAUGAUGCAGUUACCCUGUUAUAAACAACCAAUAAACAUUCCUGUUCAAAAUACAAAAGAUGUUACUGGAUCUCCGCUACAUAGGCUGAUUGCUUGUCCUGCCAAUGUUCAUUGGAAUGAUGGGGGCCUUGAUAGAGACCUAUACAUUCAGAUAAAUGAGGUGACUGUAUUAGCAAUGGAUGGUCGCAGGCGGUGGUUGGACAUACAAAAAUUGGGUUUAAAUGGAAAAAGUCAUUUUGUACUUGUGACCAAUCUAGAGCCUUGUUCUGGAAUUAGGCUUCAUUUGUGGCCUGAAAAGGGGAAAUCUGCUACUACUUUACCUCUCAAUGAUAGGGUUGUUGAAGUAACAGCAAAGAUUAUGCGCAUUCCCUCAGGUCCAGCACCACGUCAGCUUGAACCUGGCAGUCAGACUGAGCAAGCUCCUCCAUCUGCUGUAUUUUGGUUGGGUCCGGAAGAUAUGCAUGGCUUCAGAUUUCUUACAAUAUCAGUUGCACCUCGUCCGAGUAUUUCAGGAAGACCCCCGCCAGCAGCAUCCAUGGCAGUUGGACAGUUCUUUAAUCCCAAGGAGGGCAGUCAAGAAUUGUCUCCAUGGUUUAUGCUUCAAUCUUCCUAUUCUCAAAAGGAUUUGGUUUUGGAGGAAGCUCAUCCGCUAGCUGUCAAAUUAUCAUUUGGCAUUAGUGUGGGGCUUCUACCUGUUACUCUGUCUUUGAAAACUGUCAGCUGUGGAAUCAGAAACUCUGGACUUCCAGAAGAGGAAGCUGGGGACAUUGAAAGUAGUAGGCUCUGCAAAUUGCGCUGUUUCCCACCUGUUGCACUUGCGUGGGAUGAUACAUCUGGUCUUCAUAUAUAUCCAAAUCUCAAUAGUGAGAUAAUUGUUGUUGAUUCCUCCCCAGCAUAUUGGAGUUCAACCCAGCAAUCUGAAAAAACCAUUGUUCUUUUGCUGGUUGACCCACAUUGUUCUUAUAAGAGUAGCAUUUCAAUUUCUGUCAGUGCUGCUGCAAGUAGGCUUCUACUAUUGUAUAGUCCAAAGAUAGUUGGUUUCUCUGUUGCUGUUGUUUUCUUUGCUCUAAUGCGGCAAGCAUAUUCAUGGGAUCUUGAUAUGAGAAUACCAUCAAUGCUGACUGCUUUGGAAUCAAAUUUGACACUAAUAUCACAUUUGUUUCCCCUAGCCAUUCUACCCAUUUUCUUUUCCUUAUUCCUUUCACUGCUGAUGUCUCAGCCACUUCCUCCAUUUGCUAGCUUCAUUGGCAUCUCUCUUAUUUGUUAUAUCUUUGCCAACGGAUUCAUAGCCAUUAUAAUUCUGAUUACUCACUUGGUAUUCUUUGUGGCUGCUGUUACACACAUCUUCAUCAAGACAAGGUGGCAAAUGUGGGAACGGAAUUUUAGCUUUUUUUCUCUUCGUUGGUUUGUUAAUCAUUCGUCUCGCUUCUUUUCUCUGAAGGUGGUUAGGGUUCUAAGAUCCAAUCCAGUACUUGUUAUGGCACUUACUGCAAUGGUCUUGGCAAGCUUGGUUCAUCCAUCUUUUGGUCUCCUCAUACUUCUCCUCUCUCACUUUCUCUGUUGUCACAAUGCAUUAUGCAGUUUCCUGACAGCAUCUUGUGGCAGCCAUGAACAAAUUACCGAAAAUUUGGAUUGUAACAGUGAAGAUUAUACGGGGUCUGAAAAGAAGAAUUUCAAAUUUGAUGGUAGUUUUAAGCGGACAUUCCCUUCAGAAGACAACUUGUCAAACAGUCCUGAUUCAUCAAGAAGUUUUGGUGACGCACAAUUAGAUUUAUUUCACCAUCGCCAUGGCUUGUUGAUAUUGCAUCUUGUUGCAACGAUGAUGUUUGCUCCAUCCGUUGUUGCUUGGUUCCAGAGACUAGCAUUGGGUGAGAGCCUUCCAUGGUUCCUGGAUGUAGUGCUUUGCAUUGGCGUCAUACUUCAUGGCAUCUGCAACUCGAAGCCCGAGUUCAAUUCCUUCUUCGUGUCCUUUGCUGGGUUCCCCAUCCGAAACGUUAGACUCUAUUUUAUGUAUCUUAUAGCUGGAUACUGGUCCUAUUUUUCUGGUCUUACUUUGGCUCCCUACAGAGUGUUUUAUGCUAUGAGUGCUGUGGGGGCCAUUUCCUUCGGUUUAAGAAUGUCGCGUAGCUGGAACGCCGAAAAGAGAGAGGUUACUUAUAGCAGCCGGAAGCAUUCUCACAGGCAUUGAAAAUUUCCACAACUUUCUUAGAACCAGACAGUGGAGUGCCACGUGUAUUUUUUGUAAAAUGUGUAAUUGUUUCGAUGAUUGUUAAAGUAGGUCAUUGCUGUUAGAACUGUUGUAACAUUUAGAUGGAUAGUUUUAGCGUCUUUUCCAUGUGCCGAGGCUGGUUUUGCGGCUGUUGUAUCAUUGUUUCACGAGGAUAUUUUGCAAUUUUGUCUGAAUGUGAGGAAUCUAAAGUGUUUCAUUCUAUUUUAGUGAACUUGUGUCCUAAUCUUACAAGAAGAUAAACACAUUGAAGUUGAA